AUGCCAGCUCAGAAACGCCCCCAACGCCCCCAGCCAGUUGACGACGAGGUCCAAUACGUCGGAUUCUACCGCGCCGACAUCAAUAAGAGCGCGGUCCACGCUGCCAAGCUCGAGGAGGACGGGCUAGUCUACUGCGGCUACCUCAACACGGAGGACUAUUCAAACUGCCCCCUGCCAUCUUCCUUCCUUCGUGCGCGUCGUGCGCGCGAACGUGUCGUUAUAGACCUGGUGUCUUCAGACGACGAAGACGAGCACGCACCUGGGGGUGUGCCCAUGCAGGCAACAGCGGUGUCCAGUUCGACGGCGGCGUCCACGGAGGGUCCAGUUCAACGGCGCCAUCAGAGGAUCCUACUCCGCGCUCUACCGUGCCAAACGUGCGAGUACCGGAGAGUUCGCGAUCCCCCCGAAGGCCAAACGGCGCAAGAAGGGGGAAACACGCCCGACACGACCACGACCGCGGCGAUCGCGCAAAGGACCUGUUCAACGCGAGCCCUCGACCUCACCGGCAUGAAGUCGUCCACGGGCGCGGGCGUAGGGGACCGGGGUCUGUGA